AUGGCGCGUUUCCUGGCCUUCUCGCUCGUGUUCGCAGCCGUCCUUUCCUCGGCGGUUGCGAAGGAGAUUCGCAACCCUCCUCGCCUCCAGGCCUAUGAGAGCGGUGCCGUCCAUCAAGAGAUCAUGGACAUGAAGCACCGGCUUUGGAACGCGAAGGAAGCCGCUGGUGUCUUCAACUCGGCGCGUUACAGCAAGAUCGAGGAUUUCACGCCUUGCGUCAAUGGCACGGCCGGUGAAUUCCGUUGCAGCAACAUCGAUCUCUACAGUUUCUACUCGCACGCCGAUCUUGGCAGCAAGACCGGCCAGGGUAGUAGCUCCUGGGGAUGGGUCCAUGAAGGCCGCGAAUACAUCAUCAUCGCACAGGCUGACGGCGCCGCCAUCGCAGAAGUCACAGCCGACGGCAAGCUCGACUACCUCGGCCGCCUUCCCAAGACGCCUGAGGCUGCCACUGCCAUUUGGAGAGAGCUUCGCGUUCUGGACCACUGGCUCAUCGUCGGCUCCGAGGCCGUGAACCACCAUAUCCAGAUCUUCGACUUGCGCAAGAUCCUCGAAAUCACGCCCGAGCAAAAGCCCAAGACCUUCGACCCUCGCACUGAGCUUACUGGUCUGUUCAAGGGGCUUCCCGUCGGACGCACCCAUAACAUCGUCAUCAACUGGGAUCGUGGAUACAUUGUUUCCGUCGGCUCUGCACCAAGAACCAGCGAGUUUGCUAGUGGCCUCGUCUUCAUUGACAUCUCCGACCCCUCAAAGCCUACGUUGGCCGGCUACCAGGGCGAAGAUGGCUACGUUCACGAUGCUCAGUGCCUCAUCUAUCGUGGCCCCGAUACGAAAUACGUCGGUCAAGAUAUUUGCUACGGCUACAACGAGGAUACUCUCACCAUCUACAACGUGACGGACAAGGCUAACGCGACAAUCAUCUCGCGUACCGGUUACGAAGGCGCCUCCUACACUCACCAGGGCUGGGUUCUAGACCCCGAAUGGCAACAAUACCUCAUCCUCGACGAUGAAUACGACGAGGUCAACGGUGCCGGCGCCGCCGCAGACGGGAACGCCGUCACCUACAUCUGGGAUGUCUCCGAUCUCGAACAUCCCAAGCAAACCGGUCUCUUCAAGACACCCGGCGUCACCAUCGACCACAACCAAUACAUCUCCAAUGGCAAGGUCUACCAAUCCAACUACGGCGCCGGCCUGCGCAUCGUCGACAUCUCGUCCAUCCCCACCGACCCCACAGGCGGAAGCGUCAAGGAAGUCGGAUUCUUCGAUAUCUACCCAGAAGAUGAUGCCCGAGCUGGCGGCGGAGCCCUCUCUUUCGUCGGCAGCUGGUCGAGCUAUGGCCUGUUCCCAAGUGGGAACAUCAUCAUCAACACCAUUGAGCGAGGCGCUUACGUCGUCAGAAUCGCCAAGGAGUAA